AUGUGGAUUAACUGCGGGAAACUAUCCGACUUCACCCAGGCGCGAUACGUCGUCCGGCUGACCACAGGCAAGAAAGUGGUGUUGUUCCGUCUCCCGACGAUCGACAACUCUAGUUUGAAAUCAAAUGAGACCAAUGACGGCUGGUCUUACUACGCCAUGGAGGCGGAAUGUCCCCACGCCGGUGGUCCGAUGGCAGACUCCUCAGUUGACAUUGAAGACUCCGCGUACGUUGUGUCGUGUCCCUGGCACGCGUAUGAUUUCAAUGUAGAGACUGGCGAGUCCAGCGUUGGUAUCAAGGCCUGCACGUUCCCAGUGGAUGUGCGUGGCGAGUUCGUCGCUAUGGAUUUCCCCGAGGAGGGCGAGGUCGCAGUUGCUAGUGUCGACCCUGUCAGUGAGAAAGUCAAGCUGAAGCACCCGCGGCCUUCGGAGAAAGCUGUUGCUACGGCUCCUGUCAGUAAAGAGGACCCGGGCAUGGCGACGUAUCUCGGCGAUGACGCGACGUUGUGUGAUUGGGCGGCCCAUAUUCUGAAUACUGCUAAUCCAGAGCACAAGAUCGAGCUGACGACACAUCUUUUCUCUAUUUUCGCUGAUAGAGAGGCUUCUGACUCUCCCAUGCCGCUCGGCAGAGGCACAGUCUUGCCGCCUGACCAGCCUCCACGUGAGAACAUGGAAAUUGUUGGACCGGGUCAGAUGCCGAAAGCAGGACGCGGAGGGACUUUGAAGAGCCGGGUCGCUAUGCUUCAUGCGCUGGCAAAUAUUGAAUUGUGGGCCAUCGACUUGGCUAUUGAUAUCUGUAUCCGAUUCGCGACGUUCCAAACAGAAGGUACGGCGCAGGAACUUCCUCGUGCAUUCUUCCAUGAUUGGUUGAAGGUUGCUAGCGAUGAGGCAAAGCACUUCUCUCUGCUGCGCACUAGACUCGAGGAGCUGGGAUCUGCGUUUGGCUCGCUGCCCGUACAUCACAGUCUGUGGCUAUCGGCGACCGAAACGGCGUAUGACCUGCGAGCAAGAAUUAGUAUUAUCGCCCUGGUGCACGAAGCCCGAGGCCUGGAUGUCAACCCCAUGACGAUUGAGAAGUUCCGCAAAGCUGGCGAUGCCGAGAGCGUGGUGUCCUUGGAGGUCAUUCACAACGACGAGAUCACACAUGUCACUACUGGACACCGGUGGUUAACGUGGAUCUGUGCCCAAGAAGGGACUGAUCCCGUUCAGGUCUUCCGGUCGAAUGUGCAAAAGCAUUUCAGGGGUCCGAUCCGCGGACCAUUCAACGAAGAAGCGCGUUUGCAAGCUGGAAUGGACAAACGCUAUUACGAAAGUACUCCUGACGCGAUUGCGGCCUCAUGA